GGUUAGGGUAGUUUUGGAAGAGUGUGGCGGUAUAUAAGGCAAGAGACAUCACAGUAAGCGAAUUAGGGCGUAAAAGAAGAAACGAAGCCGUAGAAGAGGGCUCUAUCUGUGCGGAGCGUAAACUUAUCCUUUGGAAUCCCACGAUGGAUCGGUACCAGAGGGUGGAGAAGCCAAGAGCAGAGACACCUAUCGAUGAGAACGAGAUUAGGAUCACAAGUCAGGGGAGGAUGCGCAACUAUAUCACUUAUGCCAUGAGCCUACUUCAGGAAAAAGGAUCGAAUGAAAUUGUGUUCAAGGCCAUGGGAAGAGCUAUCAACAAGACGGUGACGAUUGUGGAGUUGAUCAAGAGAAGAAUUGUUGGUCUCCAUCAGAUUACUUCAAUUGGAUCCACAGACAUCACUGAUACAUGGGAGCCCCUUGAGGAAGGCCUCUUACCUUUGGAGACCACAAGGCAUGUGUCGAUGAUAGUGAUAACCCUUUCAAAGAAGGAACUGAACAAGGCAUCUGCUGGAUACCAGCCUCCAUUACCUGCUGACCAGGUGAAGGUGUCUACUGACUUUGAUUAUGAAGGAGAGGGCUCUCCUAAUGCUCGAGGUCGGGGACGGAGCAGCAGAGGAAGGGCAAAGGCCAGAGGUAAUGGUUUUGUGCCUGCUGAAUAUGAGGAUGGAGGUUGGGAUCGUAAUAGGGGCAAUGGUGGUAGAGGCAGAGGCCGUGGGAGAGGACGCGGUUUUCGUGGCCGUGGAAGGGGUGGUUACAGUGGACCUCAGGUUGAUACUUUCCAGGAUGGAGGAUACAAUCAAGAAGCACCUGUUCAAGGCCGAGGCCGUGGACGUGGUAGGGGAAGUCGUGGGAGGGGACGUGGUUACAGAUCUAAUGGGCCGAUCCAGGCAGCUGCAUGAGCUUGCUUGAGUAGGAAUAUCCUUGGAAGCAAUUUCAAAAUCCUUAGUUAUUAUGGAUGCUGCCUCUUCUGAUCCUAUUCCCAGUCUACUACAUGUUCGCUUUAGUGUAUGUUCUUAUUCUUUUGUUUUUGUUUUUGUCCCGGUGGGUAUCUGAACUUACUGAUAUUUAACCAUAGGUCCUGUUCACUGUAGACUGUUAGUUCUUUAGGAUUUAGAUGUAGGAGAGUUUGUUUGAACCAGUUGUAGUUUUUGUAUUUGGAUUGAGGAGCGCAUUCUUUUAUUUUUAUUUUCCGGUGCUUCUAUUGUCAAAUCUAACGAAACCUUUAUUUUUCAAUUUGGUUGGCAUAAUGUAAUGUUAUAUUUUUGUGGUUUACAACGCUGUAUAUUUUUUAUGUAUCAAUAAUUUUUUUUUUCAGUUUUUA